CUUACGGCCAAUGUUGUAGUUCACUUCACGCGGUAGACAACUAGGAAAACAAACUUGAUGGUCAAUGAGUUGGAAGUUACUGAAGAACAACAACUCUUGUUUGCAACACUUUUUUGUUUUCAUGUUGCAGUGACAUGUACCAUAAGUGCCCAAAAUUUGCUGUAACUGGAGUUUCACUGAUAUGGGCUGGCUUUAUGGUUUAUCUGUUAACCCAUCUUCAGAGCUUUGCAGACUAUGGAGGGAGGUUCCAGGUGGGGGCUAAGUAUGCCCACGAAUAUCUUUCAAAUAUUAGUCAUUCAGCUUUUAAAGAAGAAGCAAAAACCAUAUCAACCACUAAUCAAGCUGCCAAAAAGAAACUAAUUAAUGUAGUCAUACAAGCCAGGGAGGAUAAUAUAGGUGGUCUCAUAAGUGCUGUCAAUAGUGUUAUUGCCAACACGAAAUCCUCAGUUCAUUUCCAUUUUGUUGUGUCUGAUGAAACCAUAUUCCACUUACAGGAAUGGAUGAAAGUUCCUGAACUUUCCAAUGUUCAAUACUCAAUUGCACAACUUCCAGCACACCUAGAAAAAUACUACAACGCUGCAAAAUUUGCAUUCCUUGAUAUCUUCCCAUCACUACAUGAUCGUGCUGUCUACCUUGAUCCAGAUGUGAUUGUCCAGGGGGAUUUGGCUGACUUAUUUAAAAUUCCAAUUCUCGUUAAGGAUCUGGGCGCCUUUUCUGAUGAUUGCCAAGCGGGCUCUGCAUCGAAAAGAGUGACUUCACGCGUCGAAAUGCUAUACGCCUCCCGCUUAAAUCUAAAACAGCACGAAAUAGCUAAACUCAAUCUCAAUCCGCUAACGUGUACCUUCAGUACAGGCGUGUUUGUUACUUCCGACGUGGACACUUGGAGAAAUGAAAAAGUGGCAGAAAAAAUCCUUGAUUUGAUUCAUUCUCAUGAACGAUCUUCCAUCAUAGGACCACAGGGUGGGUUGGAUGUAGUUGAAGCCGCUAUCUUGGCCAUUUUUCACGGACGUACAUCACCGAUUGAUCCCAUGUGGCAUGUUGGAAAUUUAGGACUGUCCCGUGGAUCAAGAUACUCACCCUUUUACUUAAAUAACGCAAAAUUAUUGCACUUUAAUGGCCAUUUUAAGCCAUGGAAAUCAGUUCGGAGUUUUGGAAGUACUUUUGAACAGAAAAUUUGGGAUAAGUAUUUUAUUCCUGACCCGCUUGGCCGCUUCGUGCCUAUUCGUAAGAAAUAUUCGGAAAUUUAAAUCUUUAUUUUUGAGUAAAUGUUUGCU